AUGUAUGCGAGCACGGUGAUUGCAAAUGCGGCCAAUCUAUAUCACGAGAUGAGAAGGAGUGUGGAUGAGGGCGUUCAGACCGAUUUUGAUGUAAAUUCGGACGAUGAUGAAGGUAGGAGGAGGUUGCAAAUGUACUACGAAAAUACUGGGAGUGUAAUAGCAAUCAGUCGGGAAAAUAAUGUGGAUUUGUCGGUGCAAAAUGUCAACCUUUAUGGCAAUUGUGCACUAAAUUUACUGCCGCGGCUAGCUGUCGCAAAGCGAUAAGAGGCGAUUUCAAGGCACGACGAAUCCACAUUAUUUCCCCAACAGACUAAUAGUGACUUCAGUGCGCUUUAGCAGAGGCGGCUAGGAAAAGUACCCAGAAUUUCUUGAAUUCUACUCGUCAGUUUGUCGGGAAAAACACCUGGCUGUUAAUGGAGAUUAUUUAAAACGCAUUAGGAUAUGUGCCAAAUUGAAUAAUGUAGAGCCCGGAGUUAGAAAUCAUCACGUACGAAAAUUAAGUUUUUUUUGAGACUACAGUGGAAUGGUUUUCAUUUCAGCGACGCGACUGGGGCAGCGACUCUGCGCUCAUUAUUUUCCGGACAGACUGAUAUUAUGAUAUAAUAUCAGACUUAUGAUAUAAUAUCAGACUGAUAACUAUGAUAAAAUAAUAUCAGUUUGUCGGGAAAAUAGUGACCACAUGACCUUUCUUCCAGUAAAAAACAUAAGAGCCAUUUUCAAAAAAAAUGUUUGGGGGGCUUCUAGCACACUCCUUUUUUACGAAACAUUUCAAAAAAUUCUCCCCCGGCUUCGCUUCACAACCACUAAUUUUCCUACAGAUUCCGUUCAGAGUCCUUUCGAAAACACGACCUCUACCGAGCCCGGCGAUUCCUCGGCUUCUUCGAAGACGACGCCGCGGCGGAAGAAGACCUGGAUGAUUCUGCUGCCAUUCCGUGUGCGACUGUGAAGUCUGCAAAUGGAGCUGCUUUACCAGCAGCUGCUUGGAAUUCUAACUUUUCGACGACCGCCAGGAAAACCCUGAUUACUGUAACCGCCUCUCCGAUUGAUCCCAAGAACGAUGACAAUUUGAAAACUGAAGAUACCGUAAUUUCAAAACGCGAGGCCUUUGAAGUUUUGCCUUCAGAAGAGGGGUUUUUACCGAAUUAUGAAGCCGGAGUGGAUAUAAGAUCCGCUGAUGGCUCCGAAACGGCCUCUGGAGAGACUUCUGGGUCCUCGGAAAGUCAUCAAAACCUCUAUGAAGACCAUGGCUAUGGGAGUGCUCGAAAAAUCGGAGUGAAAAACGACGAAGAAAAGAAUUCUGGUUCUUCGUAUUCAGAAGAAUUUAGCGAGUCAGAAGAAAGGCACAAAAGAUGGUUGUUUGGAUUGUUUGGGAGUGAUGAAGAAGUCAAGCCAGUAACAGCCAGUAGACCUGAAGAUGUAAAGAGCAUUUCGGAGCAGCCAGACAGCCGGAAGUAG